GCCUCUAAGGUUGAGCAUCUAACAAGUGCUAGAGGAAAAGAUUCAGGAAGGAAGUAAUGAAUAAAAGCGCAAAGUUUAUAUCAGAAGGAGGAUCUUCACAUAGGCCACCACUAUUUGAAGGAGAUGACUACUACUAUUGGAAAGACAAGAUGGAACUAUUUCUUAGAUCACAAGAUACGCACAUGUGGACAGUGAUUGAAGUUGGUGACUAUACUCCAUUAGUAAAAGACUCUACUACUCCAAAGACAAAAGAUGAAAUGACAACUCAAGAAGCAGAUAGGGUACUUCUAAAUACUAAAGCUCAAUUAUUUAUUAAAAGUGCUUUGUGUAGGGAAGAAUAUGACAGGAUCAUGGAAUGCAAAACGGCCAAAGAAAUGUGGACAACACUCCAAACUCACCAUGAAGGAACAAGUCGUGUCAAGGAAACAAGAAUUGACAUUGGUGUUAGAAAAUUUGAGCUAUUUGAAAUGAAGGAAGAUGAAUCAAUUGAUCAGAUGUAUGGAAGAUUCACAAUUAUCAUAAAUGAACUUAACUCAUUAGGGAAGAAAUUCUCUAUACAUGAAAGAGUGAGAAAAGUGCUUAGAUGUUUACCAAAGAGUUGGAGACACAUAGUAACAGCAAUCACAGAGUCAAAAGAUCUCACUGAGGUUAAAUUAGAAGAUCUCAUUGGAUCUUUAAAAGCUCAUGAGUCCAUUCUCCAGGAAGACAAACCUAUGAAAAACAAGAUGAUUGCAUUAGAUUCACAGACUAAAGAACGUUCUAAGAACAAAGAAGCAGUGGAGGAAGACAACAAGUUUCUUCAAGAAGAUGAUGAAGAAGAGUUAGCAUUUUUAUCCAGAAGGAUACAAAAGCUAAUGAUGAGAAGAAAUCAGAUUAAGAAGAACUUUUCACCAAGAAGAAAUGGAUCUAAACCAGAAGUAGAUAUCAGCAAAAUACAAUGCUAUGGAUGCAACCAAUUUGGACACUACAAGAAUGAAUGUCCUAAACAAAAGAACUCUCCUUACAAAUCCAUGAUGGCAACCUGGGAUGAGUUAGAUGAAGUACAAGAAGCAGAAGAAGAACAAGAAGCUAAUGUAUGUCUCAUGACAAAUGCAAACAUUGAAGAGGAAUGUCAUCUAGCAAUGAAGAAAAAGCCUUGGUACUUGGACAGUGGUUGCUCAAGACAUAUGACAGGAGAUAGACAAAGCUUUCUUUCAUUUGACAAGAAGGAAGGAGGAACAGUUACCUUUGGAAACAAUGAAAAAGCAAGUAUAAAAGGUAAAGGUACUAUUGGUAAGAAUAAUUCUGCAAAAAUUGAAAAUGUUCACUAUGUAGAAGGACUUAAACAUAACUUAAUUAGCAUUAGUCAAUUAUGUGACAAUGGUCUUGAAGUUAUUUUUAGAUCUCAUACUUGUGAAAUAAAACAAUCUGACAAAACUCUUUUCUAUGGAUCAAGAAUAAAGAAUGUAUAUGUCAUAUACUUAGAUGAACUGCCUACUGAAUCCUGCUUUGUUUCUCUUGAAAAAGACAAAUGGAUUUGGCAUAAAAGGGCUGGACAUAUAAGUAUGAAGACUAUGUCAAAACUCUCUAAACUUGAUCUAGUUAGAGGCUUACCUGAUAUUAGUUUUGACCUAGAUAAAGUGUGUGAAUCUUGUGCAAAGGGUAAACAAGUUAAAAGUAGUUUUAAACCAAAAGAUUUUGUUUCAACAAAAAGACCUCUUGAACUACUUCACAUAGAUUUAUUUGGACCUGUCAAAACUACUAGUCUUGGUGGCAAAAAUUAUGAUAUAUCAUAUACCAACACCUUUAAUGAUGAAGAAGAAGUAAGGAAUGAACAAAGUAAUGAUGAGAAUCAAGAACCUACAGCUCAAGGACCUCCAAAGACUUGGAGAACUGUUGGUUAUCAUCCACCAGAACAAAUUAUAGGAAAUACUGAAGAUGGUGUAAGAACUAGAAGGGCUUUACUGAACAAGGAGAAUAAUCUGGCAAUGAUCUCUCAGAUAGAACCAAGAUCAAUAAAUGAAGCUAUCACUGAUGAAUCUUGGACUGAAGCCAUGAAAGAAGAACUCCUGCAAUUUGAAAAGAAUGAGGUUUGGAAUCUAGUACCACUUCCACAAAAUCACUCAAUCAUUGGAACAAGGUGGGUCUUCAGAAACAAACUUGAUGAAAAUGGUAAGAAAAGUGCUUUUUUAAAUGGUUUUUUAAAUGAAGAAGUUUAUGUACAUCAACCUCCUGGGUUUAUUGAUCAACAUAAACCUAACCAUGUUUUUAAAUUAACCAAAGCUCUUUAUGGACUAAAACAAGCCCCAAGAGCUUGGUAUGAAAGAUUAAGCUCAUUUUUACUUGAAAAUGGUUUUUCUAGAGGAAAAAUUGAUACUACACUUUUUAAAAAAAUUGAUAAACAUGAUUUACUUAUUGUACAAGUAUAUGUUGAUGAUAUUAUAUUUGGUGCUACUAAUGAAAAGUUAUGUGAAGAAUUUUCUGAACUUAUGCAAAGUGAAUUUGAGAUGAGCAUGAUGGGAGAGCUUAGUUUCUUUCUUGGCUUGCAAAUCAAGCAACAUGAAGAUGGAAUUUUCAUCAGUCAAGAAAAAUACAUAAAAGAUCUUCUCAAGAAAUACAAGAUGAAUGAGGCCAAGAUAAUGUCAACUCCAAUGCAUCCAUCAACAAGUUUAGACAAAGAUGAAAAAGGGAAAAAUGUAUCAGAAAAAGAAUAUAGGGGAAUGAUUGGAUCACUCCUAUAUUUAACUGCAAGUAGACCAGACAUUGUUUUCUCAGUAGGUCUAUGUGCUAGAUUUCAAACAUCACCAAAGGAAUCUCACUUAACUGCAGUAAAAAGGAUUUUUAGAUAUCUAGUUGGUACACCAGAUGUUGGUCUUUGGUACCAAAAGAAAUCACAUUUUGAGUUAAGAGCAUUUUGUGAUGCUGAUUAUGCUGGUGACAAAGUUGAGAGGAAAAGCACAAGUGGAGCAUGUCAAUUUCUUGGGGAAGCUCUUGUAAGUUGGUGUUGCAGAAAACAAAAUACCAUAGCACUUUCAACAACUGAAGCAGAAUAUGUAUCUGCAGCAACUUGUUGCUCUCAAGUAAUAUGGAUCAAAAAUCAACUUGAAGACUUCUCAUUAAGGUACACAAAAAUCAAAAUUUUAUGUGAUAACACUAGUGCUAUUAAUCUGUCAAAAAACCCCAUUCAACAUUCUAGAUCAAAACACAUUGAAAUUAAACAUCACUUUAUUCAACAAGCUGAUGAACCUUCUGAGAACGAUCCCUCAGAAGAAGAAACCAUCCAACUUACCCAAAAACCUAACCCUAAAACGGAUGGUACCACCACUCCUAAACCUACCAUUGUUGUACCAAGUCAAGCUGAAACUCCACCAAUCAUUUUCAAAUCUAAGAAAGCCAAAUCUUAUGAUUCUUCAAAAAUCAGAAGAUCAUCUCGUAUUAUGUCUGGAAUUGGUACAGGAAAGAAACCUGUUGUUGACAACACUGUACACACCAUUCAUGAUUCAGAUUCUGACAAAACCAUCUCAGAUUCUGAACUUGAAAAAAUUGUGCUUGAACCUCUCACCUCAUCAAAAUCUGUACCUGCAAAACAUUCACCUGUUUCAAUCAAAAAGAGUUCUGCUACUGCUGUCAAAAUUCCGAAGAAGAAGAGCUUACCUAAAAGGAAAAGACCUCAAGGAGAGCUGCUUGAAGUUCCACUCAUUCAUCCUGAAGAAGAAGCUAAGUUUGAUCAAUAUUGGAAAACCAAACCUGUUGCUUCUGGAAGAAUUUAUGAUUUUGAAGAAAUUGCUAAGGGAGGAGUAGACUUGCUAAAAUUUGUGGAACCACAAGGAUGGACAAAAUUUUUUCAGAUGAAAGAUACCACAAUGCCUCUGUUGGUACAAGCAUUCUAUUUCAAUGCCAAGGUGCAUCCUGACAAAGACUUGAUCAUCUCCAACAUCAAAGGAGUCGAAAUCCAUGUUACAGCAGACUCAAUUAGUAAGCUACUUGAAGUUAAGAGAAAUGGAGAAACUCUGUAUGGAAAAGACUGGUAUGCAGCUCAAAACAUAAGCAAAGAUGCUUUGAUCGUUGAAAUGUUUACUGAUGAAGGAGCUCAUAGGGAACAACCACCAUCAUCUCUGCUUAAGAAGGAGUUUAAAAUCUUCCACAACAUGUGUCAACAUUCCUUCUUUCCUAGGACAGGAAGCAAAGAUAAGGUAACUGAUAAUGAUCUACUUGUCAUGUAUCAUCUAUCUAAAGGUAUUCCACUUGAUUAA